ACGGCGAAGUGCGAUCGACUCGUCGAUUCGCAGCUGUCCCGCCGCGCUUGUCAAUUUUAAGUUUUUUCGAAACGCGUGUGUAAAUAUAAACAACUUAUUACUUUUCAUUGCGAUUUAUGAUGAAGUGAUACAAGAGUUUGUUUAAUAAUCGUGUCAAUUUACAGUGGAGCGUUUGAAAGAAACCGUAACCGCUUCUCGCAAUGACAAGGGAGAGCACUCUGUUACCUUUUGAGAAACCAGAGGCAUUAUUAAAAUGUUUCAUGUGGUAUAAUUGAUGCCUGUUUUUGCAUAAGUGUAUACGUUGAUUGUAAGGACUAUUGUGAAUCGUUCAGUGACACUUAGAAGGUUUUCAGGUUAAUCAUCGCGGUUUCGACUCGGUCGUUAGUCGUCUACACGUAAAAAUGAGUGUUUUAAGUGGUUUGAGUAAAGCUGACUUCAAGACUGCGAGUGAUGGCCUGCUGGAACUACCCGAGGAGAAACUCCGCAGCAUCAUGCGCUCGGAGCCUAUCACAGACGUCUACCACGUCGAACAAACACCCUUUGCAAGGGGCAAAUUCGCCUCAGUCCGCAAGAUCCGGCACCUGGUCUCCGGCGAGGAGUACGCUGCCAAGUUCAUCCGCAAGCGGCGGCGCGCCGCGGACACGACCAGGGAGAUCCAGCACGAGGUGGCCGUGCUGGCGCUGUGUAAUGACUGCACGCGCGUCGUGCGCCUUCACGAGGUAUACGAAACCCGUUCAGAAGUUGCUAUUGUGCUAGAGCUGUGCGCUGGUGGCGAGCUGCAAAGAUUGUUGGACGAUGAUGAGCGUUUACCCGAGGGUGCGGCACGUCGCGCGCUCCGCCACGUCCUCGAGGGACUAGCACACCUCCACGCCCGCAGAGUCGCGCAUCUGGACUUGAAGCCACAGAAUCUGCUGCUUAGCGCCGGGGGCGAAGAGCUGCUCAUUUGCGACUUCGGGAUAUCGAGGGCGAUACAGCCGGGAGCACACGUCAGGGAAAUACUUGGCACGAGGGAUUAUGUCGCUCCAGAAAUCCUCUCAUACGAGCCGCUAACCCUGGCGGCGGACAUCUGGUCGGUGGGGGUGCUCGCGUACGUGCUCCUAAGCGGGUACUCCCCGUUCGCGGGCGACACCAAGCAGGAGACCUACCUGAACAUCGCGCAGUGCCAGCUCAGCUUCCCCCGGGACAUCUUCAGGGGCGUCUCGCAGCGGGCCAUACAGUUCAUCAGAGAAACGCUUGUCGUUGACCCUAUGGGUCGUCUCACAGUGGAAGAGUGCCUGGCGCACCCAUGGUUGAAAGACGAGUCAGACAUACCGCUAGCCAUCGUCGGCGUCGGCUUCGACGCGCAGGACCUCGCCAGCGAUGAGGACUCCGACGACGAGGUCAACGGGGUCGAGGUCAACGAGGUCAAGGUCAAAGGGGUUAAUGGCCACAGCGGGGUUAACGGCCACAACGGAGUUAAUGGACGCAAGGAUGUCAAUGGUUGCAACGGGACAAAUGGCACGCAUGAAGAUGAUAAGGAGAGCGUCGACUCACGGGCGUCGUCGCCGAGCAGAGAGGAGCGAGGGGAGAGGGAGGAGAGGGAGGAGAGGGAGGAGGAGGAGCGAGACAAGCCUCUGAAGCACGCGCACGCGCGGGACCUCUCCCCGCCCUUCCCCGACGCGCCCUCCACGCCCAAGGUAUCGCGCAAGUCCGCCCCGCCGCCGCCGUCGGUGCUGGCGCUGUGCAAGAAGUUCCAGCCGGACUACGAGAAGCCGGCGCCGCCCCCACCCGCGCGCCUCACGCCCCUCUCACCCCGCGACUGCGCGCUCCCCCCACCGCGGCCCCCCCGCCCCGAUCGCGCCGUGCUCUGCUAGCACCAGCUCACACACACACACACACACACACAAACACACACGCCUGUACAUACUUAGUUAAGUGCGUCUGCGCAAGGAAUGACAACCUGUAAUUUUCACCGCUCGGAAAAUUGCGACGAUUUAUUUUUGACGUUUGCAACUUUAAUGAAUAGAACUGCUGUAGUUCUCAUAGAUUUCCUUUGUUUCUUCGUAUAGAGAAUAUUAUUUUUGUUCCAACAAUUUUCAUUUUUCAGUUGUAUCAUAAUAGCAGAUUUAUGGGUUAUAAGAAUAUAUUUGCAGUAUCAACGAAGUUGUUAUUUUAGUCGUAAAUAUUUGUAACGUUGAGGUUUUGCGAACGGAGUGCUUAGAGCGAAUUUCUAAUUCGAACUCUAUCGCCGAUUGGCAGUGAGACACUGCUAACCAAUCACGGAACGGCAUUAUGCGCGACGUUAACAACGCUGCAUUGCGAUUGGGCGCACUAAGCAUAGACCAAACGCGAAUUGUCAUUCCGCGCGUGGACAGUUAAGUUAGUAGUGCGACUUGUAUAUUUUUAGUUCGGUAGGGACCCGAUUACGCGAACCUAAUCUACUUAAUAGUAACCCGGGCAAAGGUUCGCAGCAAUCGCGCCCCUACGCCGUGGUACAAAAGGCAUAAUUUCGCGUGCGCCGCCGCUGUACAUACUAAGCUGCGCGCGCGUCACUACUUAGUUAAUAAAAUUGUUAAAUGUGUCGAUCACACCCUAUAACAUUAUAUUGUAGAAUAUAAGUGUUUAGAUGAUUUUAACAGAGUAAUGUAUGUUAUGUAGGUUGAAUUGAACCUUGAUAACGGCGUUAUGCCCUACUCGGGACCAAAUUGUAGUCGCAGAUUCCUUAUUGGUGUAGAUUAUUCAUGUUCGAUGUGGAAAUUUUAUCACUACGAGUGAUUUUGAAGGGUUGUUAUUAGUCGAAUUGUUGAUGGAUCUAGUGGAAGGACCAUGAGCUCAAACUCGCGACUUAAUUUUUAUAAAUUUUAAUGAACUCACCGAGUGCCUUGUGCAGUUGUUUAUGUAACUUUAUAUAGAAUCAUUCUCCAUUUUGAAAAUGCCUCUAUUUUACCGGUGUUCGUGGACUCACGAGAUUAAUAUUAACAUUUGUCAACUUAACUUGAACAUUGUGAGCGCUGUUGUGAUCUUAUAACCCAUUUGUAAAAAUAAAUUAUUGUGAUACAAAAA